AUGCACCCUAAUGACCAAGCCCAUACCUCCUUCAUUAUAGAUCGUGGUCUAUACUGCUACAAAGUGAUGCCCUUUGGGCUCAAGAAUGCUGGGGCUACUUAUCAACGCCUGGUGAAUAGUCUCUUCGCCCCACUAAUUGGAAACACCAUGGAGGUUUAUGUUGAUGACAUGCUGGUCAAGAGUCACACUGCUGACUAG